AUGAAGGUCACCGCUUCCAUCCUGCCUUUCCUCACCCUGGCUUCUGCCUCUUGCCUUCGCGGCACUUCCCUGCUUCCCCGCAGUGCCGACGGAACUGUUGAUAUCAACCAUUACAACUACACCAACACUGGCGGUCCCCUGAACUGGUACGGCUUGGACAAGGAUAACACCGCCUGCGCAACUGGCAAGCAUCAGUCUCCCAUUGUCAUCGAGACCGACGAUAUCGACUAUGCCAACUCCAACUCCGUCCACUUCCACGUGCCCAGUGCCGUUGAGGCCAAGUUCGAGAACCUGGGCUCCGGGCUCGAGGUUGUCCUGACCAACGGUACUCUUGUUACCAAGGCUGGCUCCUACAAGCUUGCCCAGUUCCACUUCCACACUCCUAGCGAGCACCGCAUCAAUGAUGAGUACUACCCCAUGGAGACUCACUUUGUCUUUGAGAACUCUGCCGGAGCCAUCGCUGUUAUCGGUUUCGUGUUCGAGCUGUCCCAGUUCGGUUACUCCACCCCUCUGUUCGACUCGGUCUUCGCCCACAUCGACGACAUUGCCGCCCCUGGCACCUACACUAAGACUGGUCACCUGGACUUCUCCGCUCUCACUGCCCAUCUGAACACUCACGGCAUUUACCAGUACGAGGGCUCGCUUACUACUCCUCCCUGCUCCGAGAGCGUUGUUUGGUACCUGAGCACAGAGCCCUUACCUCUGAACGUCCAGAGCUACAAUGCUGUCAAGCACGUUCUCAAGUUCAAUGCUCGCUACACCCAGAACGCUCUCGGCCAGGACAACCUGCUCGAGGUCGCUGCUAAGGAGCUGAACUAA